AUGUUCGAUACGUUCUACAGCUCAGUCAGGCCUACACUUGAAAAUCAAUACCGUGGCAAACUGCAGGUCAUUUUUCGCCAACAUAUCCAACCCUGGCACCCAUCAUCAACUUUAACGCACGAAGCGGGCGCGGCUGUUUUGAGAGUAGCUCCCGAGAAAUUCUGGGAAUUCAGUGCUGCUUUGUUCAAACAACAGAAAGAUUUCUUUGAUGUCAGUGUGGUUAACGAAACACGCAAUAGAACAUAUGAAAGAUUGGCAAAGGUUGCCGGACUUGUGGGAGUGGAGGAGCGGGAGGUGCUCAAGCUUUUGACCGUUAGCGACAAAGCUAGUGAUGACGGGAAAUUGAAUACCGGCAACGAUGUCACCGAUGAUAUCAAGAAAAUGGUCAAAGCAGGCCGUGCUGUAGGAGUCCAUGUUUCUCCGACCGUAUACUUCAAUGGUAUCGAAGAACCGGGGAUCAGUAGCAGCUUUACUGCUACCCAGUGGGGGCAAUGGUUGGCCAAGAACGUGGUCUGA